CCUUUCAGACAUGCGCCACCUGUAACCGCCCAUCAACGCUACUGACAUCCCGGCGCCGCUCACCCCCUCCCCCCUAUACGCCGGUGUAAUUUCUGCCUUUGCUUUCAAAUCCCCACCGCCAAAAUCGUCAUAAUGACGCCGUCCUCAGGCGGGUCCCUGGCGGACGCGAUUCCCCGCGUCGACCUCAACAAGCUCACUCAGUCCGAGCUGCUCGCGCUCUCCCUCUGCUCCUGCUCCGCCUUCGAUACUCGCCACACCGAAGACCUCGUCCUCCCUCAAGUUGACCGCUCCCUCUUCAAUAAAUCCGCCUGCAGCAAGCGCCAGACCUACUCUCGCCUCGGCCGUCACCACCACCGCACCCACCGCUUCCCUCCCGCUUCCAGCCCAAAACCCAUUUCCUCCGCUGACCCUGCCAACCGCGCGGUAGUACAUUACCUCAAAUGCUUUUUGCAAAAUCCCAAUUCCAUCUCUCCGCCACCUCCUCCGUCUUCUCUCCCUACUCAGCCGACUGGGCCGACUCUUGAGCAGAGGACUGAUCUUCUGGCGCAUGCAGGGAACGUGAAGAGUAAAAAAGGAGCCAAGGCUGAUGUCUAUAUGAAGAAGAGGUCAUGGGCGGGUGGGGUUGAGGGUGAUUUGGAGCUGGUGAAUAAGAACAGUGUUGUGGUUGAUUUUGCGAGAUUGGAGGAUAAAGGGGAUGUAGUGUUUAAUGAGGAAUUGAGGAGUAGAACUGUUGGACUGGAGAGCGAGGAGGAGGUUUUAGGAUUUGUGAGGAGCUUGGAGGGGCAAUGGUGUAGCAGGAGGAGGAAGAGGAAAUAUGUUGAUGCUAAUGAGUUUGGGGACACUUUGCCAGUUGGUUGGAAGCUUUUGGUAGCCCUUAGAAGAAGGGAUGGCCACGUCUCUCUUUAUUGUCGCAGAUACGUGAGCCCUAGCGGUCAACAGUUUCUGUCAUGCAAAGAGGUAGCGGCCUUCUUGCGCUUCCACCAUAUGUCGAUUGAUGCAAACCAGCUCAAAGACCACAUACCAUCACCCAUUACGCGGCUUACUGGUUCAAACUCUGAAAAGGAAAAAGGUCCAUAUUUUGAGCACCUGUUAUCGUUUCACCAGCACACCACAAAGAGGAUUAGGGUCGUGCCGCCUGUUAGUGAGGGCGUUAUAAUUACAGAAGACGGAAAGUAUGAAUGUCAGUUCUGCCACAAGGUAUUUGAAGAGAGGCAUCGUUACAAUGGUCAUGUAGGAGUCCAUGUGAGAAGCAACAGUAAAGGUUUUGAAGGAUUAUAUGUGCAGAAAAGUGUUGACACCCUAACCCUCCAUAAUGGAUUUCCUUCAAUAACCCCUAAAAUAGAUGCAUUAAAGGAAAUUGCUCAUAAUUCCAUGAACUCCUUACCUGCUAUUGUAAACUCAAAUGAAGCAGAAGCUGCAAAUACCGGCAAAGAUAUUGAUCCAAUAAUGAAUCCAAGAGAGGUGGAGUUUAUUGAUGUCAAUAAUGAAAAAACAUUGGACUGUGAAUUAAAUCAGAGUGAUAAAGAAAACCAGCGGGCAGUUAAAGAAAUUGUUAAGACUUGUGAAACACAGGUUACUAAGGUUAAUCUGAUUGAAGCUUCAAAAACUCACUGUGAGCCCCCUGAGGUGAGCAACAUGCAAACGUGUGACCCUCCAGAGAAUGAUGCAGUCGUUGGUGGAAACGAGCAGAGUGAGGCAUAUAACUGUAAUGUUGUACCAGAGACCAAUGAGAUGACUCUUGAGGAAAACGUUUUCCAGGAAGGGGUAACAGACUCAUCCAUGGCUUUUUCAGACACAUUAAACUACUUCCAUACCUUCACAGCUAGGACAAAUAAGGAACAAGAUGGGUUUUGUGUGUUGAAGAUUGAGAAUGAAAUGAGCUUCGAGGAGCUGACAUUUGAUGAUAUAGAGCCAUUUAAAUAUGACUUUUCCGAGGGUCAUAAUGGGUGUGGGAUGGAAGCGGCUUUUAACUCCACCUCCUCCCUUGGAUUUGGUUCAGGGGAACCAACUGUCUUAAUAAGCAGGGGCAACACAAACCAGCUUACAACCGUGUGCGUGUGGUGCAGAUCAGAGUUCAGUUUGGAAGCUUUUGAAUCAGAAAGUCAGUCGGACUCUAUUGGAUAUAUGUGUCCAGAAUGCAAGACCAAAAUAUCUGGGCACUUGGACAAUGGUCUUUCGUUGACUUCUCAUGACUUCUGAUCUAUCUGCUGGUCACACAUGCAUAACCACCUUCAAUUCUUGAGAGAGGAGAAAUAAGCAGAAACACAUAUUCAUUGCUUGAAAAUUGGCAAAGUUUUUGAAGCAAACAAGUAAAGUUGGGAAGCCCAGCGGGAUGGAGGGAGUAUGAGAAACAUAUCAGUCCAAACUGCAUAUAGUAGAGGAACAAUUUGAGUCCCAAAAAAGUUGAUGACCAAAUUGAGAAACAGUGUAUGUAUGAUGGAGGGACUAAACCGGUGUGCUGUAUUUUGCAAUGGACCUCCUUUUCUAAGGUGAGACUCUGACCAUAUAUGUAUAAGCAUGUGUGACUAUACCCGAGCCGGCCGAGCGCCAUUCAGAAAAUGUGGGAAUACUUAUAUAUUCAUACUGUGCAUUACGUAGUAUUAGGGCUGUCAAAGGUAGCAGAAUAGGCUAUUUUUUAGGUGAGUGGUUGAUGUAAUCAGACCAAUAUACAGAAGAGGAUAU